AUGAAGAAAGAUUUGGAACUGGACAACGCACAAUGCCCAGAGAUCUUCAUUGGCUGCGUGGCUUCCGGUGAUACGGUGAUGAAGUCCGGCGAACAUCGUGACCGGAUCGCUAGACAGCGAGAUAUCAUCGCUUUUGAGAUGGAAGGCGCUGGUAUUUGGGACGAGGUACCUUGUGUUAUCAUCAAGGGAGUUUGCGAUUAUGCCGACAGUCACAAGAACAAGGUAUGGCAGCCGUUUGCGGCUGCUACGGCGGCAUCUGCGAUGAAGGCAAUACUGGGACGAUACACCCUGACUGAGCCAUCAUCUUCUCACUCAAAGGUUAUUCCCGAUUCUCAUGUACGAUAG